AUGACCGGAAGGAAGGCGUACGCUAGAGCCGCCUCGGUCGAAGCCCUUGGACACGCGCCCGGGCCUAACGUCACCUUCCCGGCCAGAACGCCCGAACAAGCCGAGCACGACGAUGCGCUUGUGGUAUCAGCCAGGAUCGCCAACGCUCAUGUGAGGAGAAUCAUGGUCGAUACCGGGAGCUCGGCCGACAUACUCUACUACGACGCCUUUCAGAAGCUCGGUCUAUCCAGAGACAACAUGAAGCCGAUAUCCUCGGCGCUCACCGGAUUCACCGGUGAUUCAAUCUCACCCCUAGGGGUGGUCACUUUGCCCUUAACCGUGGGAAACCUGCCAAGGUCGAAGACAAUAAUGACCUCCUUCUUGGUAAUCGACCUCCCCGCCGCGUACAAUGCCAUUCUCGGUUGGCCGACCCUCAACAAGAUCAGAGCCAUCAUCUCGACCUACUACCAAACUGUGAAGUUCCCAACCGACGCCGGGACCGGAGAGAUCUCAGGAAGUCCUCGGGAAUCCCGGCGCUGCUACUUGACCGCCGUCUCGUUACACAAGAAGGCCAGGACUGAGUCGCCGUUGGCAGACCCCCGAGAAGCGCAGAAGACGUCCCCCCACCUUCAAUCGAGCGGGUCCACCAUCGCUGUGCCGCUGCUAAAGGAUCGGCCGGUGCAAACGGUUAGGAUCGGGUCGGAGCUACCCGAGCAAGAACGAGGAUAG